UGGUUUCAUUACGGUAAGGUGGACCUGCACUGUCAGCACAGGCAGAUGUCAGGUGAUCAACCGACUAUUGCGCGUAGGUUGGACUGUAAGAAAUCACAAAAUGGCAUUUUUUAAAUACAAGAGCAUCAUUUUGGGAUUACGCAUGGCUGGAAAACGCACCAUGUACUACCAGCUCAUGUGAUGAUGCGCUAAAUCACUGGGAAAUACAGCGUUUGUUGUGUAUUUAUGAUCAAAUAUCAGCAGUGAGCGCCUGGCCAGAUCAUGGGGCUGUGUUACAGUCUGCGUCCACGCUUGUUUGGGGACCUCAGUGGAUCCAUUUCCAACGCCAACUCGGAGUCAGAUCACCAGUCUCCGGAUCCUGGGAUGAUGAUGAUGCCGUCGUGCGUCCGGGGCUCCAGGCAUCGCGACGAGGACUCUGGGGGGAAUAGCGGGAAGACAUCCUCCACCUCCCCUUUACGCACCGGGGACGCCGGUAAGAUCCCGGCCGGGGAGCUCCGCCGUGGCGACGGGGACCGAGCGCUCAUCCAGAACGGUGGAGGUGGAGGAGGAGGAAAGAAAAGGCUGCAGCUGCUCCAGACUCCCAGCAGCGCCCAGAAACACAAGAACUGGGACAAACUGGUGGUGGAGGAGAAGGAGGCCGAGAAGGAGGCCAAGAAAGUCAGCAAGAACAUUGACAGGGCCUUGAAGGAACUCAAACGGGAAUAUAAACAGACGCAUCGGCUGCUGCUCUUAGGGGCUGGUGAAUCGGGCAAAAGCACUAUCGUGAAGCAGAUGAAAAUUCUUCAUGUCAACGGGUUUAAUGCGGAGGAAAAGAAACAGAAAAUCCAAGACAUUCGCAAGAAUGUAAAGGACGCCAUCGUGACCAUAGUGUCAGCAAUGAGCACUUUAAUACCACCCGUCCCACUCGCUAAUCCAGAGGACCAGUUUAGGAUCGACUAUAUCAAAAGCAUAGCGCCACUCUCUGACUUUGAUUACACACAGGAGUUUUUCGACCACGCGAAGAAGCUCUGGGAUGAUGAAGGCGUUAAGGCGUGUUAUGAACGGUCCAAUGAAUAUCAACUAAUUGAUUGUGCGCAUUACUUUCUUGACCGGAUUGAUGCAGUAAGACAAAGCGACUAUACACCAACAGACCAGGACUUGCUUCGCUGCAGAGUGUUAACAUCAGGGAUCUUUGAGACGCGAUUUCAAGUAGACAAAGUCAACUUUCAUAUGUUUGAUGUAGGAGGUCAGAGAGACGAAAGAAGAAAAUGGAUUCAGUGUUUUAAUGACGUCACAGCGAUCAUCUUUGUGGUAGCGAGCAGCAGCUACAACAUGGUCAUAAGGGAAGACAACAACACAAACAGGCUACGGGAAGCACUUGCUCUUUUUCGCAGUAUCUGGAACAACAGAUGGUUACGAACAAUUUCUGUCAUAUUGUUCCUUAACAAACAGGACAUGCUGGCAGAGAAAGUAUUAGCUGGGAAAUCUAAAAUUGAAGAUUAUUUCCCUGAAUAUACUUGUUACACCAUACCAGAUAAAGUAACUCCUGAACCAGGUGAAGAUCCCAAAGUGACAAGAGCCAAGUUUUUCAUUCGUGACGAGUUUCUGAGGAUCAGCACAGAAAGCGGAGACGGCCGUCACUACUGUUAUCCCCAUUUUACAUGUGCAGUGGACACGGAGAACAUCCGCCGGGUCUUCAACGACUGCCGAGACAUCAUCCAGAGAAUGCACCUGCGGCAGUACGAGCUCUUGUGAUCGGCGGGACCCUGUGCUCUCUACCACCGUGUCUCCAAACUCCGCAGACAAAGAAUACUACUGACGUUUGGCACACCACACUUCGGUUUUUACUCGUUUUAUUUUAACUCAUGAUUCGGGGCGGGCGGUCGAUCGGUGGGGUGGAAGACGAAGAGGGUCACUGGGUUUUCCCCCACGUUUUUAUUUGGAUUGCCUUUAUUUUUGCCAUUCCAUGAAGCCUCUGGCUACCUCCUUUUUUUUUUUUUUUUUUUUUAUAAAAUAAAAAAUGAUAUCGUUGUGUAUAUUUUCUGGCUCCUGCCGGAUUAUGAAGAUCGCAUCACCUUGUGACCUCCAGGAGUCCUAGUCUCGCACCCCGAACCUUGAUCUUCUGACCUAUAGGGCUCUCUGCUGCUCUUUCUGUUUCUGAACACUGAAGAUCGCCCACGGGCAGAGGCGGGGACGGGGCGGGGGGCUAGGGGUUGUCGAACACUGGGAAAACGAAGUGAAGUAAUGCACUUUUCCAUCCGGUUUUGACUGACGUUUUUCUUUACGAAGAUGGACACACAAUGUAGCAUCACAUCACGAAUUUCUGUCCCACUCGAGGCUUGCGGACAGGUCAGGGGAUGGUGGGAAUGACCACGCCCCCUUUCAUUGGAAGGAGGCGGGGCAUGUGAAACGAGGAGGAGGGGCUCCGGGAACAUUGCUGAAGCCUCAGUUUGCUCUUGAGAACAUGAUGGCAAAACGUCCGUGAAAAGAAACGCCCCAUUUCUUAAUGUUUUAGGUUCGU